CCCGAAAGCUUUGAAAAUUGAGUCAUACACAAAUAUCGAAGCAAAAAUUUAGAAAAUAAAAAUUUCUUAAAAUUUUAAUUAUACGGGUGGCCGAUAUUAAAAAAAGAAUAAGCCAUUGCAGUAUAUAAUCACCAGCGCCAGAAACUUAAAGAUUAAAACCAUAAAUAGUCAAAGAAAUAAAUAUAUCUCUAAAAAUUAAAUCGUACAAAUGGCAGAGGAUAUUGCACCAGUUGACAGAAAAGCAUCAAAAGUCGGCGGCUUGACGGAAGCACCAGAAGAUUUGAAUGACGAUGUACCCUUCUCGCACCGAGAGCUUGAAUUAUUGUACGAAGAGAUCUGUAAAGACGAGAAGAAAAAAGAAGAUUGGCGUGACCAUAGUAGACAUCCUAGCUAUAUGAAGUUUUCGGUGCCCUACCAUUUGCAAUGUCGCGAUCGCUAUCAUAAAAGCAAAAAGAAUUACGAGCAGCGAUUUCAAUAUGAAAUCGGUCAAAUAAUGAAUAACUUUAAUACGGCCUACGAGGCGGCACGUUUCAAUCGUCAUUUGUGCAUUACCACGUUAUGGCCGCCACUGCACAAUCGCUGUGAGUUAACGCACACCCAAAGGUAUUAUUUCAGACUAUUGCCCGCUCAGCGUCGACGUUUAAAUCAAAUCAUGAAUACUAAUUUUCUAUGAUCGAUGGAAAUCGACAACUUGCAAUAUUAAACAAAACAAAAUCGCAAAUGAAA